AGUUUAACAAAAAAAAAAAAGAGAGUGAAGAUGUCUCCAUCUUGUUUAGUUUUUUUUUCUCAAACUCAAUAUUUGUUUUAUCUUUUUUUUCAUUGACAAUUCAUGCCCAUCGUUGCACUCAGGAUUUCUUAUUUGAAACCCAUAGUAGAAAUCUAACAUUAUGCAAAAGAUACAAACAUAGGAAUGGAGUUGAAUUUGGAUGGAAAGUCGAAAACACGACGGCUAAUAUUCUCAAGGUGUUGGUGGGAGCAAGAUUAGAUAGUAAAACCGGAUGGUUAGCUUGGGGUUUGAACUUUGGACCAGAACCAAGAAUGGUAGGGACUCAAGCACUUAUUGGCAUCAAACAAACAAAUGGUUCAUUUCUUGGUAACACAUACAAUGUGACACAAUAUAUUAAAAUAGGGUGCAAUCUUUUACCAACUCCAAUUAAUUUAAAUGUAACCAAUUUGAUAUUUGGUCGUCUUGGUCAUAUUCAAUAUCACACCAUAGAAGCCACUAUAUAUCUUCCUCAAACAGUUAAUAUUUCAAGAAUUAAUCAUGUUUGGCAAGUUGGAAAAGUUGCAAUUGGAAUGGAACCAAAAAUUCAUGAAAAAACAAUCAGAAAUUAUGAUAGCACAGAGAUCAUUGAUUUGCAGACUGGCACAUCUAUAAGCAUUAGAUCUGCUAGACGCCAUCAAGCAAGAGUUGCUCAUGGAAUAUUUAGCAUUAUAGGUUGGGGUACAAUACUACCUAUUGGGGUGAUAAUAGCUAGGUAUUUCAAAAAGGGACCAAUACAUUGGAAUGAACAUGAUCAAUGGAAACAUGCUCAUAAGACAUGCCAAGCAUGUGGAUAUAUUUUGGGUGCAACUGGUUGGGUAAUUGGCAUUUGGCUUGGAAAUUAUUCCAAAUAUUACUCUUUUCCCAAACAUGGAGCUUAUGGUAUUUGCAUCUUCACAUUUGCCACCCUACAAACAUUGGCACUAAGAUUAAAGCCCCACACCAAUGAUGAACUUCGCACAUAUUGGAGUAUGUAUCAUCUUUCUCUUGGCUAUGCAUUGUUGAUUGUGAUUUGUGUUAACAUAUUCAAAGGCAUCAAAAUAUUGCAAGAAGAAGAGACAUGGAAACCUACCUACAUUGCUAUUAUUUCUUCUAUUGUUUUCAUCUUCUUUGUCUUUGAAAUUACCAAUUGGAUCAAACACAAAGUUGAUCAAUUGAAAACUUCCAAACAAAUACGCUAGAAGUAUAGAAGUAUGAUAAGAUAUUAUAUCUUUUAUAUUUUUUCCAUAAAUGGUGAUGUUUGGAUCAGUUCGCUUGCGUUUCAAGUUGACGUCACAUUGUGUUUCGAUUA